GAAUGAGAAUCCAAUGUGAACAUACUCAAAAUAGUUACCAACGGAAAUAUUAUUUUACCAAAAGGGUAAGACUUUCACAAUCUCUGCUUAAACUCUUCAGCUUUUGCAUAGCAGACUGCAAUUUUUUCCUCUACUUCAAAUUCCUACUCUUUCAUUUUCUAUCUACUUCCUUCUUCUUUUCAUUCCUUCCUCAAAUUUAUUUAUUUCAUCAUGUCUUUCAUUGGAGAGGCUGCUCUAUCUGCGCUCUUUAAGGAGUUGUUUACCAAGUUUGUCAACUUUGCCUCUUCCGAGUUCGAGUUUGUCACUGAGAAGCGGGCUCGCGAGGAGAUUAUGAACUGGGAAACUAUGCUGAGGAACAUCCAUGCAGUGCUUGCUGAUGCAGAGGGGAAGCAACUGCAGAGCCAGGCUGUGAAGAUUUGGUUGGCUGACCUCCAAAACUUGGCUUACGACGUGGAUGACAUCUUGGACGAGUUUGCGACACAAGCUUUGGGGCGUAAGUUGAUGAAAGAACAUCAUGCAAGCUCAAGUAAGGCACCAAAACUUAAGCUUACUUGCUGCACUGGUUUCCAUCCAAGUUCUAUAAAAUUUAAUUAUAAGUUGAUGUUCAAGAUUAGAAAGAUUACUAGAAGAUUGGAAGGUUUAGCAACACGAAAGAGUAACUUGCAGCUAAGGGAGAUCACUUAUGAUGUUGGAAUGCCCAUGACAAUCCCAAGAAGGCGGCCCAGUACUUCUCUGGUUAAUGAAGCUAAUGUACUCGGCAGAGAGAAAGACAAGAGGGCAAUACUUGAUUUGCUUUUGAGGAACGAUGGCAGUGAUGCUGGAGUCUAUUCUGUGAUUCCCAUCGUUGGAAUGGGGGGGAUUGGAAAAACAACCCUUGCUCAACUUGUUUACAAUGAUGACAGCAUAAAACAUCAUUUUGAUGUUAGAGCUUGGGUUUGUGUUUCUGAUGAAUUUGAUAUCAUCAGGAUAACAAAGAUAAUUCUCCUGUCAGUCACCUCGCAGCCAUGCGAUAUAAAUGAUGAUUUGAAUUUGCUUCAAGUCAAAUUAAAGGAGAAGCUAUCGAGAAAGAAAUUCUUGCUUGUUUUGGAUGAUGUUUGGAACGAGAACUACAACGAUUGGUUGGCUCUUCGAUCUCCUUUUGAUGCAGGGGAACCAGGAAGCAAAAUAAUUGUGACAACACGUAGUUCCAAUGUUUCAUCAAUUAUGACAACUGCUGCAGGCUACUCAUUGCAAUGCUUAUCAGAAGAAGAUUCUCUCAGAAUGCUUGCUUAUGACACAUUAGAAAGAGAGGAUUUUACAGGGCAUCCAGACUUGAAAGAGAUUGGCUUGGAGAUCUUGAAGAAGUGUGAUGGUUUGCCUUUGGCAACUAAAACCAUUGGAGGACUAUUGCGCACAAGGGUGAAUCGUGAUGCAUGGAAAAAUAUAUUAGAGAGUGAUAUAUGGAAUCUACCUCAACAUGGAAGUGACAUAAUUCCAGCUCUGUUGAGUUACUAUUAUCUUCCUUCACGAUUAAAGCAAUGUUUUGCUUAUUGCUUUCUAAUCCCUAAAGAUUAUGAAUUUGGUGAGGAAGAAAUAGUUCGAUUAUGGAUGGCAGAAGGUUUUCUCAAUGGAGCAGACACUAAACGGCAAAUUGAAGAUUUGGGCAGCAAGUACUUUGAAGAACUGGUAUCAAGAUCAUUCUUUCAAGCAUCUAGCAAGGAUGAAUCUCGGUUUGUAAUGCAUGACCUGAUUAAUGAUCUAGCUCAAUUCGUUGGAGGAGAAAAAUAUUUUAAAAGAGAGAGACACGAGGAAAUGAAGUACCCCGGUCACACUCGCCACUCCUCUUAUAUCAUGGGCAGGUAUGACAAUAUCAAAAUGUUUGAGUCCUUUUUUGAAGCAAAGUCACUACGGACGUUCUUACCCUUUGAGAUGCUGAUGUGGAAUCCGUACUACUUAAGCAAUAAUGUUCUCAAUGAUUUACUGCCGAGAUUGAAAUGCUUGAGGGUGCUCUCUCUAAAAUGGUACCACAUCACUGAAAUACCAGAGUCUAUUGGAAAUUUGAGACAGUUGCGCUAUCUAGAUUUCUCUUAUACUGACAUAAAAGAUCUCCCCGAUUCAAUAUGCACCCUUUAUAAUUUAGAGACUCUUUUAUUAAGGUCUUGUCAGAUAAUUGAGAAGUUGCCCUCAAAAAUAGGAAUGUUAGCCAACCUAUGUCAUCUAGAUAUUGCUGGUGCUUGGAGAAUAAAGGAAAUGCCAAGUGGAAUUGGUAAAUUAACAAAUCUUCGGACAUUGUCUAAUUUUGUUGUGGGCCAAGGCGAUGCACUGAAUAUAAGAGAGAUGCAGAAUUUAUCAAAUCUCAUAGGUCAGCUUUCUAUUUCAGAGUUGCAGAAUGUGAAUGAAGCUCAGUAUGCAGGGGAAGCUAAGCUAUCAAGUAAGGUUGACCUCGAUGAUUUAGAGCUGGAGUGGUGUGAAGACUUCAAUGAAAAUUUAAGACAGAAAGAAGUCGAGGCUGAGGUGUUGAACUUGCUCCGACCUCAUGAAGUGCUUAAAGCACUAGCCAUCAGGUAUUAUGCUGGAAUAGCGUUCCCAAUUUGGAUAGAAGAUCCUUCAUUUAAAAAUUUGCAAUUAUUAAAGUUUGUAAAUUGUCCAAAUUGCACAUUAUUACCUGCAGUUGGAAAACUACCACAUUUAAAGGGUCUUUAUAUCAAGGGAAUGAGUAGCGUAACUUGUGUUGGCAAUGAAUUCUAUGGAGAGAAUUGGCCAAAUGUGUUUCCAUCGUUAGAGACAUUACAUUUUGAGGAUAUGCCAGAAUGGAAAGAGUGGAAGGCAUGUGAAGUUGAUGAGCAAGGAAGAAAAUUUCGUUGCCUUCGGGAUCUCCUUAUUGUGGAUUGUCCCAAAUUGAUAGGGCCAUUGCCGAGUACCUUCCAUCUUUGGAAAAACUUAAGAUUCGUAAUUGCCAACAAUUGCUAGUUAAUUUCAAAUCUUCCAAUGCUAUAUAAAUUAAAAAUUGAUGGGUGUGAAAAAGUAGUGCUUGGGAGUUGCAUGGAUCUUUGGUCAGUAAAAAAAAUCUCCUUUUCCAACAUUUCAAAGUUAGAAUGUAUAACAAGGGAAAGGACGUCGACAUUGGAGUGGAUGAAAGUAGAAGAUCUGUAUGUUAAAGGUUGUGAAGAAUUGGUUUCUUUGUGGCAAACAGAGUGGGGUUGGUUGGUGCCUUUGAGAUCUCUUCGUAAUUUAGAGCUUGAAUAUUGUCCGCAGGUUACUUCUAUAGCCGCAACGGAGGAGGAAAGAGAGCUUCCGCAAUUAGACAUACCCUGCAACAUUGAACAUUUGAGAAUAAAAUAUUGUGAAGGCUUCCAGAAGUUAUCAAAAAACCUCGCAUGUCUUAGAGAGUUAGAGAUUGUAAAGUGCCCAAAAUUGGUUUCACUUUUGGCGGAUAACUUGCCCUCAACUCUUAAAAGUUUGGUGAUAAGUGAAUGUGAGAAUUUGCAGUGCUUAUUGGAAGAUGGGGAGAAUAUCAAUUUCAGCAGCAAUUCUCUCCUUGGAUUUCUUAAAAUUAGUGGAUGUAAAGCCCUCAAAUCAUUAUCAUCAAGCAGUAAGUUACCCGUGGGGCUUAAAACGUUGAAGAUCAGGAACUGUCCAGAACUGGAAUUUGUAGCACAGGAAAUUGGGGAUAAUACUUGUCUUGAAUCUAUUGAAAUCAGGUUUUGUGAAAAUAUUCAGUAUUUACCCCAAGGAAUGGACAAGCUUAAAUCUCUGUAUCUCUAUGGGUGUCAAAAAUUUGAGGCUUUGCCCAACCUCAACUCUCUUCAAUACUUGACCGUAGAGAGUUGUCCAAGUGUGACAUCCAUCCCAGAAUGGGGUUUGCCUACCAACCUAAGAAGCCUUUACAUCCAUGAACCCAAUAUUAGUAAGGCAGCAAUGGAGUGGGGAUUGCAUAGACUCACCUCUCUUAAACAACUCCAAAUUUCUGGUGGUAAUUGUGAUGCGGUAACAUUUCCAGGAAGGGGUUUGCCUACCAACCUAAUAAUGCUUGACAUCUCUGGACCAAAUAUUGUUAAGGCAGUAAUGGAGUGGGGAUUGCAUAGACUCACCUCUCUUACAAGACUGGACAUUAAUGGUAGUAAUUGUAUAGAUGCGAUGUCAUUUCCACAAGAGGAGAUCAAGCUGCCCCCUUCUCUCAAUCAUGUUUCUAUCUCAGACUUCCAAAACCUAAGGAAGCUAUCUUCCAGAGGCUUUCAGUAUCUUUCCUCUCUUCGAUUUUUGUGGAUAACCAAUUGCCCAAAGCUCGAAUCCCUUCCUAAAAAGGAAGUGCUUCCCUCGCUUUUGGAACUAUAUAUUAGAGGUUGUCCAGUGUUGAAGAAAAGGUGCAAAAGGGACAAAGGAAAAUAUUGGUCCCACACUGCUCAUAUACCAUUUGCUUACAUUUGAUGAAUUCAUCUAUGUGGCCCUGUCUUGUUUCUACAAGAGGAGAUGCAUAGCAUUGUUGUUAGAAGAGGGAUUUCUGUCCAAAAGCUUUCAGAAUCUCUGUUGAAAAAAUGAGUGGAAUUCUGCACCAUUUAUGAGCCCUUCGAGCAGUGACUCCGCUCAGCCACCUUCAAUUGAUGACUUUCAAAUAGUGAUGUUGAAUGUUUGGACGUAAUCUUUUCUACAAGAAAUAGGAAUAAUGCUGUCCACCUUUUCUUCUUUGAAAGGUCUAGUUUCUUCAAUUUGUAGCUAAAUGUUGAUGACUGUCCCCUGCUAUCAAUUGAUAGAGAAUCAGAUCGCUUGGAUGCCUUGUGUGAAUAUUCAUGAUAGAUUCAUCCGUUAUCUACAAAAAAGAAGCAUGAAUUUUCAAUUGGAAGCCAGGCAAUUGCAGAAUUUCUCUGUUAAGGAGCUGGCCAUUGAUUGCAUGCUAUUGUGCGUAAUAAGUCAGAUGCAGUGAAGCUCAAUACAAGAAUUAAACCAAGCACCAAUCCGAGUGGACAUAUAGACAUAAGCUUCUUGGCUUUAGAGCAUGAGCAGGCUUAAAAUCCAUCUCUUCUUUUCUUUGUAAAAUGGUCAUUGCUUUCACUUGACACUCCAUGUCCUUCAAACUGCUGCUGGUGAUACUUGUUUUUGCCAUCAUUGAUUGGAUGUGACCAAAAGCAGUAUGACAGUGUGUUGAUGGAUGUUUGGAUGUGGCCUUCUCUUGUUUCUACGAGAGGAGAUACAUAGUAUUGUUGUUAGAAGAGGGAUUUCUGUCCAAAAGCUUUCAGAAUCUAUCUGUUGAAAAAAUUAAGUUCUCAAACCUUAAUCUUUGCAUCUCUUUUCAAAACGACUAGCCUCUUCGAUUUGUAGAUAAAUAUGGUUAAAUGUUGCUUAAUUGCUGGUCAGAUGGUGCAAACAUGAUAGAAGAGGAACUAAAUCAAGAGACCCUUGGAGCCUUAUUAUUAUUAUGGUAUUGAAUCAGUUCUAAAAUUCAACCUUGCUCCUAGGAGUGGAAUUCUGCACCAUUUAUGAGCCGUUUGAUCAAUGAUUCGACUCAACCACCUUCCAUAGAUGACUUUCAAAGAGUGAUGGUGAAUGUUUGGAUCUAAAUGUUGUUGACUGUCCCCUGCUAUCAAUUGGUCAAGAAUCAGAUGGCCUUGGUGCCUUGUGUGAAUACAGAAUAUUGAUGAUAGAUUCAUCCGUUAUCUACAAAAAGAAGCAUGAAAGCUCUUAGCUACCAUAGCUCCUGACAUCCUCCUGUUUACUGCACAACCAGAUUCAGUGAAGCUUAUUUCAAGAAUUAAACCAAGCCUCGAUCCUAGUGGACAUUAAGACAUAAGCUUCUUGGGAUUAGAGCAUGAGCAGGCUUGAAAUCCAUCCCUUUUCUUCUUUGUAAAAUGGUGAUUGCUUUCACUUGACUUUGCAUGUCCUUCAAACUACUGCAGGAGGUAUUCGUUUCUGCCAUCAUUGAUUGGUUAGUGGACCAAAAGCAGUUUGACAGUAGCUGUUCCAUAAGAUGUUCUACGAAUUAUUCUUUUGUCUCUGUUAUUGCCUACCUCGUUAUGCCAUGAUGAAUGAAACUCCCACAUUCUAAUGCUCUCAAGAUUCAGUAGUGGGAAGUUGUCUGAGCUGCAUCUCCUCUUCUAAGGGUUUAGGUGUUUAUAAAUGGAUGCAUAAGGAAAAAAAGAAUGAGAAAGGGACACCAUUCUUCAAUAAACAACCAGACAAGGUUAAGGUGUUUGUAACUACUUGAUUUGUCCCCACAAACCAGACAAGGAAAAAAAAGAUUGCUCUUGUUAGCGCAUUUUAUAAGAAAUUUGUCUUUUUUUAGCAUAACUUGUAAUAUCAUGUGGUUAAACUAGAGAAGACUCAUGUUGUAAUCCCAUUAUUUUGAGUAGUGGACGGUUGAGUGGACUUGGUCCCGUGGUUUUUUCCCUUGCCAAAGGGUUUUCCACGUAAAAUUUGGUGUUGUGCUUUUAUGAGCUGAUGAUCAUUCAUUUUAUCAAGUUGAUAUCUAAUGAUUAAUUACUUAUCAAAUGAUCAAUUUAAUUUGUCCAAAGGAGAAGAAAUUGGAGUUGUGGUUGAAAACUGCCACAGAAUACUCAACAGGUCAAGAAAUCUGCCCAACCAUUUGUUUUUUUUUAUUUUUUUAUUUUUUUUAUUAGUGUGUGCUAAAAUUUCUUUCAAUCUUUUCUUAGCAACAGUUUACAACCGUUACCACGCCCCAUAUGUUGCAAUACUAAGGGUUUCGUUAAAGACAAAAAUAUGGUUUAUCACAUGAACCAAAAGAAAGGUUGAAACAUAAACCAAAAGAUCUAAACCUUAAAUGGUAGUAUUAAAGACACAUUAAAAUUAGAACUUUAUUUUUUCACAAGUGUUACUACUAGAAUGCAACCAAAGUGGUUUAGGUACAGUGCUCACGGGCCACCCAACGGCUGCAUAUUGGCUAUCACAUUCAUCCCUGAAUUCACA